AUGGAACCUACUUACUUUGACCCUGCAAUCUAUCAAACCCAACAUGAAGGCAGCGAAAGCCUAGCGAUCAACAACAAGUUUAUUCAUCGUUUCUUGGCACGUUUAGCACUUCAUACUACAGCCAAAAUCUUCACUAGAAACGGCCCCUGCAUACCGAUUUCGAGACGUAUGAUGCUCAAAACGGGAUGCUCAGUACACCUAACUGAAGCGGUCACGAUGAAGUAUGUUGCUGAACACACGUCAAUUCCUGUACCAAAAGUCUAUUGCUCUUUCCUCCACAAGAAGAAAGCGUAUAUCGUCAUGGAACGAAUCACAGGCGAAGAUCUGGCAACCGUUUGGAAGCAUUUAUCCAAGCAAUCUCUUCAGAAAAUAUUCGCACAGUUAAAGGAUAUGAUACAAGAGCUUCGAAAUUUGGAGCCUCCGCCUGGAACAGGGAUAGAGAGUUGCGUUGGUGGCUCUUUAUACGAUUCCCGCCUGCCGCACGGGACUCCGCGCUUCGGACCUUUCAAAUCAACCCAAGAGUUCCAUCGUUGGCUAAGGAAGAAUCUUGAGGCAACGCAAAUAGGCAGCCAUGUCACCAGUGAGGACGCGGACGACAUUAAAGCAAUGAUUGCUAAACAUGACGGUCCUUGGCCCGCUCCAGUUUUUACACAUUGUGAUUUGAACCCAUCUAAUAUCUUAAUUAGUGGGGAUAAGAUAGUUGGGAUUAUUGAUUGGGAGUUCUCAGGAUGGUACCCUCCCUAUUGGGAGUACACGUCUGCUUGGCUUGGAAACCUGCUUAGAACCGAGUGGCAGGAGAUUCUUAUUUCAUUGCUCGACCCAUAUCCCGAAGAACUGGACAUGGAAAAGACCCGUCACAAGUGGUGGGGUGAAUGGUGA